GCAUGAAGAGAGGCCGCCAUUUUGGAAGAAGACCAUAAGUUGGCUAUCGAAAUGUCUUGUGGAGUGCGGGAGAGACUUCUGCUUGGAAACCAGCGUGCACGGAUUCAAGCAUAUCGCCGCACCACGGAGGCAUUGGAGCGAAAGGUUUCUGUGGGUGGUAAUAACCGCUAUGGCGCUGUGGUGCGCGGUCGAAGUGUCCAUGGACCAGUGGCACAGGUACAACGAGAACCCUACCGUUGUUACACUGGAGAAGGACUUCAGGUCCUGGACGUUCGGCCUCCCAGCGGUGACGGCUUGUCCCAAGAUCCGAGUGAACCAUACCAGCAUACCUUCAGUCAUAAAAGCCCUCUGGGGCAUUAGUCCUGGAGACCCUAAAUACGAUUAUUACGUGCGCUUUGUCGAGACGGUGGCCAACUCGGAUAUAUUCAACCUCGACGGCUUCCAGGAGUUCGCUGGCGAUGACCAGCUAGACGUGGAUCUGACCCGGCUGGCUGUUGAUGUAUUACCGGAGGUUGCAAUCAAACCAAUAACGUCAGAGGACGCGAGGACUGCCCUCUUUAAGUGGACCAGGGUCAUCACCGAAGCUGGGGUUUGUUAUUCAACGAACUCCCUCGGUAUAACCGACGUCGCUGUCAUGGUUCCAGAUUCGAACGUCACGCUGAACUAUCCGAUUGGCUGCAAAUACUCUUCGCAGAUUUGCUACGUGAUGUUUGAAGUCGCCGAACCAAUUGAUUUUUAUGUCCAUUCGCCAUACGACAUAGUGGAUGUGGCAUCUCAGGCGUCCCGAGUGUAUCCUUCCUUGAGCCGGCGAUCGGAGCUCACGGUGAUGGAGACGCGGUGCGCGAAAGGAGUAAGAGAACUGGCGCCCAGGAGACGAGGUUGCUUGUUCAUUGACGAACCGACUGAUGAUAGGAAAAAGAUCUACAGCGCCAAUACUUGUCGACUGUCGUGUAGGAGUAAGAGAGCCGUAGAGCUGUGUGGAUGCCGACCGUUUUAUUACGUAAACGAAGAAGGCCCGGUCUGCUCGGUGGCAGGAAUGGCGUGUUUGAGUGAGCACUCCCAUCUCUUGUCCUCGACAGGUGGAAAAUGCUCAUGCACCCCUCAAUGCUUGGACAUGGUCUACAGGGAAAUCACUGUUAAGGAUACAAAAUGGGAGCACGGGCCCUUCGUCACCCGAGGUUCGAUCAGAUACAUCCUCCAGGCCCCAAGGACUCGGUACAACAGGGAAAUUGUCUUUUACUUACAGGACCUGGUAGUGUCACUAGGCGGCGCCACCGGUCUUUUCUUGGGCGCCAGCUUUAUAAGCUUCGUGGAAAUCAUUUACUUUGUGAUCGAAAGAAUAUUCAAGAGUUUGUUUGAGGAUUCCUCCACCAAAAACAACGUUGUUACCGUUAAAAAAUCAAACCCGUAUGAAGCAGACCGAGUCAUUGAACUCACGCGCGUUUUGGAUGUUGAAAAGAAAUACCCUCUUAAAUUAAACUAGGUUUUCGCCUACAAUUUCGCCUGCUUGGAUAUAUAACAACAGCCUUUGUCUCAUGGCUCAAACGUUUUGCGGACCGACUCUCUUUAAAACUUCACUGGUCUUAAGUGGUCAUUAAGUGUGGAAUGUUUCAGAGUUUAUUUUAUAAUAAAAAUAAUGUUGAAAUGAUGGAAA